UAGGGGUGUGGGGAGAGGUCAAUUUUUUAUUCUCCAACCCUCAGCCAUGCCCAAAGCAGUGCCUGGAGGGAUUUGGGGAGUGGCCCUGCCUAUAUUUCUUAGCCGCAGGGUCUGUAAGGUUGGCUGGGGGAGUUAAGACCUAGCCUCCCCUCUUUCCCUAAUAUUCCCUGCCUCCACCCCAAUCUCUUCCCAAGCCUAGACCUUCUUCCACCUCUCCCACUGCCAGCCGCGCUGCCCAGUAUUAAGUCGGAGCUCCACUGGCCCUAAUUGCAGCUUUCCCGUCACCAUGGCGACAGGGCGGUGGGAUGGUGCAGGCGAGGUAGGGGAGGAAGGUGGCGGGGUAGGGGAGGGAGAAGGGCAGAAGGAGAGUCUCUGUCGAACUACAUCUCCCACAAUGCUCCCGGCUCAACUGCUCCCCGGCUCCGCCUGAGGCCCAGUGACCCCAGCCCGCCCCGGGACCCCACUUGGGACAAGGCGUGGAGCGCGGGAGCUUUGGCCUAGCUCCUUCGGCCCACAGCCUGGGACUCGGCACCCUUCACAAACCCGAAGGCCUACCAGACCCGGCCUGCAGUCUGCACCGUCCCAGCCAGGAACUAAUAUGGCCGCUGGAACCGGGUCCAGGGCCGGAGGCGCGAGGGCAGCAUGACACAUCCUUGGAUUGAGGUAGAACAAAAAUUUGUCCCAAGACCAGGAAUUGAGGAUCGGUUGAAAGAACUGGGUGGCACUCAGGAGAGCCAGAUUUCUUUCCGUGACAGCUACUAUGACACUUCAGAGCUUACUCUCAUGAAGGCUGAUCACUGGCUCCGGCAUCGUGAAGGGAGUGGAUGGGAGCUCAAGUGCCCUGGAGCAGGAGGUAACACUGGCUCCCACACUAAGUACAUGGAGCUCACAGCAGAGGCUGCCAUAGUAGCCCAGUUGUGUGAGAGGCUGGGGACUGCAGCAUUGGGCACUGAGAAUAUAUCAGAGAUGCUAGGGCGGCUGGAGCUGCAGGAAGUAGCCAGUUUUGUAACGGAGCGGAGUGUCUGGAAGCUCGCACUGUCUGGAGCUGGUAAUGAAGAGGAGCCACUUACAGUAGACCUGGAUACAGCGGACUUUGGCUAUGCAGUAGGUGAAGUGGAGGCCCUAGUUCGAGAAGAGGCUGAGGUACCAAAAGCCCUGGAGAAGAUCCACAGUCUCAGCUCCUUGCUUGGUGUUUCACAGCACGAGCAAACACCUGGCAAGCUGAUUGUAUACCUGAAGCGCUUUAGGCCUCUGGACUACCAGCGCCUAUUAGAAGUGGCCACAGGGAAGAAUGAUGAACAACAGGAGUCUGCAGCCAUAGAGCAUUAAACAGCUACAACAUGGGA